CAUGGCAAUCUCUCAAGUUUGAAAUGAAACCCAUUUUCAAGUUAUCACUAGUACAGUAACUCUCUGUCUCAGCUUCCUUAUCAGUAAAGUGAAGGUUAGAAUAAUAUUUAUAUAGUUUCAUAACAGAAGGUUUUUCAGGAUUAUUUAGUUAAUGUUGGCACUGUGAGAUGCUAUAAAUACUAGAGGCUCGUACCAGUAUACCAAAUGAUUUCCACUUUCUGAAUGUAACUGUUAUUCUUCUGCCACUAUUCAGCCCAAUUAUUUUUAUUUUAUUUACUUCAAUUCUUUGUAUUCUAGAUUAUGCCUCACUGGCAAGGGAUCUCGGGAGAGAACUGUAAUGCUUUUGUUCGCCGAACAAAACCUGAUUCAUCACUUUCCUUACAUCACCACCCAGCUCUCCAGCAUCUCAACACAGCGAUUGGUAUGGCUUCCCUUUAGUCUGCUGCCAGUUCACAGAAAGGGAAGAGAAUGGCUGCAAAGGAGAAGUUGGAGGCAGUGUUAAAUGUGGCCCUAAGGGUCCCAAGCAUCAUGCUGUUGGAUGUCUUGUACAGAUGGGAUGUCAGCUCAUUCUUCCAGCAGAUCCAAAGAAGUAGCCUGCACAACAACCCUCUCUUCCAGUACAAGUACUUGGCCCUUAAUAUGCAUUACGUGGGUUACAUCUUAAGUGUUGUGCUCCUAACCUUACCAAGGCAACACCUGGUUCAGCUUUACCUGUACUUUUUGACUGCACUGCUGCUUUAUGCUGGACACCAAAUUUCCAGGGAUUAUGUGAGGAGUGAAUUGGAAUCAGGAUAUGAAGGGCCAAUGUACUUGGAACCUCUCUCUAUGAAUCGCUUCAUGACUGCUUUAGUAGGUCAGCUGGUGGUAUGUACGCUCUGCUCCUGCGUCAUGAAAACAAAACAGAUCUGGCUUUUCUCUGCACACAUGCUCCCUCUGCUGGCACGACUUUGCCUGGUCCCUUUGGAAACCAUCGUCGUCAUCAACAAAUUUGCCAUGAUUUUCACUGGUUUGGAAGUUCUCUACUUUCUGGCAUCAAAUCUUCUGGUGCCCUAUAACUUGGCAAAAUCUGCGUACAGAGAGCUUGUCCAGGUGGUGGAGGUGUAUGGUCUCCUGGCUUUGGGGAUGUCUCUGUGGAACCAGCUGGUCGUCCCAGUUCUUUUCAUGGUGUUUUGGCUUGUCUUGUUUGCUCUUCAGAUCUAUUCCUAUUUCAGUACACGGGAUCAGCCUGCCUCAAGAGAGAGGCUCCUCUUCCUCUUCCUGACAAGUAUUGCUGAAUGCUGUAGCACUCCGUAUUCUCUGCUGGGCUUGGUCUUCACAGUCUCUUUUGUUGCUUUGGGAGUUCUGACUCUCUGCAAGUUUUACUUGCAGGGUUACCGAGCAUUCAUGAAUGAUCCUGCUAUGAACAGGGGAAUGACUGAAGGAGUCACACUUCUCAUCCUGGCUGUGCAGACAGGUUUGAUUGAGCUCCAAGUUGUGCAUCGGGCGUUCCUGCUCAGUAUUAUUCUUUUCAUUGUGGUGGCAUCCAUACUUCAGUCCAUGCUGGAAAUUGCUGAUCCUAUUGUCUUGGCAUUGGGAGCCUCAAGGGACAAGAGUCUGUGGAAGCACUUCCGAGCAGUCAGCCUCUGUUUGUUCUUACUCGUGUUCCCUGCGUACAUGGCCUACAUGAUUUGUCAGUUUUUCCACAUGGAUUUCUGGCUGUUGAUCAUUAUCUCCAGCAGUAUUCUAACCUCUCUUCAGGUGCUUGGAACACUCUUCAUUUAUGUUUUGUUUAUGGUGGAGGAAUUCAGAAAAGAACCUGUAGAAAAUAUGGAUGAUGUGAUUUAUUAUGUGAAUGGCACGUACCGGCUGCUGGAAUUCCUCGUUGCUCUCUGUGUGGUGGCAUACGGUGUCUCGGAGACAAUCUUUGGUGAAUGGACUGUGAUGGGUUCUGUGAUCAUCUUCAUUCACUCCUAUUACAACGUGUGGUUGCGGGCCCAGCUGGGAUGGAAGAGUUUCCUUCUUCGUAGAGAUGCUGUGAAUAAGAUAAAAUCACUGCCUGUUGCCACAAAAGAGCAGUUGGAGCAACACAAUGAUAUCUGUGCUAUCUGCUACCAGGAUAUGAAAACUGCAGUGAUCACACCAUGUAGCCAUUUUUUCCAUGCGGGUUGUCUUAAGAAAUGGCUGUAUGUGCAAGAAACUUGCCCUCUAUGCCACUGCCAACUUAAGAGCCCUUCACAGCUUCCGGUGCUGGGACCGGAGCCAGUUCAACAGCCAAAUUCUACUGCAGAGCAGAAUACCAGACCUGGAGAUGCAGCUGAGCCACCUGGUGCUGAACCUGACAAUGGGCCAGAUGCAAAGGACAGCCUUAGCAAGAGCAAUGGCCAAGCUGCUGGUGGACAGGAUGGCCUGGAGGGGUCUCAAAACAUGGACAGUGACACAGGCCCAUGCGAGGCCAGCCAGGGAGCAGCUUGUGCUGCAGAACUAACAGCAGCCCCAGAGGGGUGCCCCGCUCCAGAUCCAAGGGUUUGUGUCCAGCUUUAAGGAGACGAAGGAUGACACAGGAACAAACACAUUUCAGAGAUCCAAGUUUGACUCAGAAGAAAACCUAUCCUUCCACAGCUGUGAAAGAAGUUUAGCUAUUAAUGCUGGUCAAAAUGUAAUCUCCCAUGCUGAUUUUUAUGGGCUGCUUGGUAGUGGUAACUCCAGUGAGAUGUAGUAGAAAUGACUCCAGAAGCUCUCUGAACUGCGCGCAUAGGAAGGAUGUCUGGAAGCAAAUUGCAGUGAAAGAGUGUAUUCAAGACGCAGGUGAGGGAUAAGAGGAAUGAGAGGUCUGUGAGAGGCUGCAGACAGACAGGAAGAGGGUAUCACAUUCAGCCAUGUCCCGGGGUACCUGAGAGGUGUUCAAUGCAGCAAAUUGCCAGUCUCUGGUCGCUGACUGUUUUUUAUGGCACGUAAGCAAAAAUCAAAGCUACAACAGCAGUGAUUGUACUAGAAGAUGGAAGCACUCUUUAAUACGUCCUGUCUAUGCUUUGGGUGUUCUUGGUGGGGCAGUUGCAUUUGAAUUCAUGUAACCUAUAGUGACUCUUGACUUUUAUGACGGAGUCUUCAAUAUUUUGAUGUAUAUGAAACUUUUGCUAAUAAUGGGCACAGUCUGGGCUGCAUGAAGUAAACUAAAGCUCUAAUGAACACUUUGGCCUCUGCUACCAUGUGCAGGAGGCAAGUGGGAUGAGUUUUAGGGCACAGAUAGAGGCCUUGCAGUACUGUGCUGUGUAAUGUUUAAUUCUUGCAGCUGAAUUAAAACAGUAUUAAACUCUGGCGAUAUUUGCACUUUGGGAAUGAGUACAUUAUUGUGUAUGAUCAGACUCCGCAAAUGCCACUUUUAAAGCUGUUAAUAGGUUUGCACCUUUUUUUCUUUGACGAGGACAUGUCCAUACUUAAAUUUUUACAUUCAUCAUGGCUUCAAGUAGAACUAGGGACUGGGGUAGGGGAAUAGGUGGGAGUAGGGAGCAGGCAAUUUUUUUAUGUGAAUUUUGAUAUGAAGAGAAAUUAGUCACUUAUUUAUACGAUAGGCUUGACUCAAGUGUUUUUCAAAGUCGGUAUUCCUAAUGUGAAAUGUGAUA